AUGCCUGAAUUGGAAAUUGAGAAAGCAGAGGAGUGCCUUCCUAUGGAUUCACAUAUAAAAGAGAAUUGGGAUGCUAAUGGAAACAUCUAUGCAUAUCCAAUCGUGAACAAAACAGCUAGUUUGAAAACGCCAUUUGGGUUGUACUGUUGUGUCAAACGCAAAGCAGCUUCUUGCUUUGCAGCCGGAGGAAGUGCAGUACUUAAUCUCAUUCUAGUCAUGAUCAUCAUUGUUUUAUCAGUGAGAGCAAGAGAACCAUCUCCAACUCUUCCUACUUGCACAGUGACCUCCUGUCCAAAUGGCUGGGUUGGAUACCGGGAAAAAUGCUACUAUUUUGCAAAGGCUGAAAGGAACUGGACUUCUAGCAAGAUGCACUGUUCCUCUCUCAAUGCCUCUUUGGCUGUGGUUGAUUCCCAAGAAGAAAUGGAAUUUAUGUUGCGCUAUAAAACUAAUGCAGAUCACUGGAUUGGCCUGCAAAGAAACUUAAGUCAGCCCUGGAAAUAUAUCAAUGGUACUAUUUUCAAUGGCUGGUUUACAAUUCUUGGUGGGGGAAACUGUGCAUACAUAAACCAGAAAGGUAUUGCUAGCUCGGGAUGCUUAAGAGAAGAACCUUGGAUCUGCCAUAAACCAGUUUUGAAGUGACACUGAUUAUGAUGUGCGUUGUGUAAUCAUCUGAUCCCAACAACAACUGUCUUGCUCAGAAGGACCGACACAGGAGAAAAGACAGUGGGACCCGGAAAAAUGACAGUAAGAAAAAGCCGGAAGAUAUGGGUAGCUACAUUUGCAUCAAGUGCAAGUUGGUCACUCUGUUAGAAGAGAAGGCGCAGCAGCUUGAAACACAAGUAUCUACACUUUAGCACAUUAAGAAGAAUGAGACUUUCCUGGACAGAAUGGAGCAGGGUGGAGAACACAUCGGGGACACCUGUGAGGAGGAUGACAGCUCUCAAACAGAGGAAGUAGACUAUUGGAGAAAUGUAACUAUAGAAGCAGAAGGACCAGGGAGCAUUCUGUGAUUUUGAAACUACAGAAUCAUUUUGAAGUUCUCUCCCUUCUCAAUAAGGAUAAGCAACAGAACGGACUCAGCUCUCAGAGAGUGCACAAGGGACAGGAGGUUCAACCCAUGAAAUGUCACCUGCAGAAUCCCAGAGGAGACGUGUGGUGGUAGUAGAGGACUCCCUGCUAAGGGGGUAGAAGCAGCAAUUUGCAGCCCUGACAAGAUAUACUGAGAGGUGUGCUGUCUCCCUGGGUUGGAGUGGGAACAGGCAAAAAGACAAAAGAACAGGGUUGGCCAAACCCCAAAAUAACUCGCCACACGACAAGAAGAAUUACACUACUAUGACUGUCAAUACCAACAAUGACUGUAGUAUUGCAUAUAUACAAUAUUCACAAAGUGACAUCAAUAAAGAAUGAAGUCCAUUCAUGAAUCCAUAAGGUUCUCCCGAAGGUAAUAAUGU